ACCCCUUCCUUUCUCUAUUUAAUAUAUAUGGAAGUCAUGAAAUAGAUCCUUCCUUGAUAUCCCUGCCUCUCAUUCGUCAGCUCUCGUGCGUGGCACAAAUAAAUUUACCACGACCAAUCGCUAUGGGUAAGAAGCAGGGAGGUGUCAACACCAAGGUGGAGGCCGCCAAGGCCAAGAAGGCCGCCGCCAAGGCCACCAAGGACGCUGCUAAGGCUGCUGCGGACGCCGCUGCUGAGUCCGCUGAGUGGUCCAAGGGAUCAGACAUGCGCGCCGAGAAGCGUCGCCAGGAGGAGGAGCGUAAGCGUGCGGAACAGGAGGCUAAGAAGGCCGAGAAGCAGAAGCUAUUGGCGCUGGAGGAGCACGCACUGGAUGAGGAUAAGCACGCAAUCCGCAAGCAGAAGAAAACGGUUAAAGAGGUGGCCAAGCCCUGGGAGGAGGCGAUCAAGCCCUCGGUCAAGAAGAACAACCGCGGCUCCAAGAAGCCCUCGGCCUUUGCGUCUCUUCAGAACAAUGGAGGUAGCAGUGGGAAGAUCACUCAGGCUGAAAUGGCGGCGCUCAGAGAGGCUGAAGAGGCCCGUACGGCUGGUAAACCUGGUAAAAAGGCUAUCAAGUUCGAGAACAACUUCCAAGCCAACAGAAACAGAAACCAGGAUGAACCCACAGAGGCGCGCAGUCUGGACGCGGCGCUGGAUCUACUAAGUGUUGGCGACAAGGAGUUGGAGAAGCACCCCGAACGCAGAGCGAAGGCCGCCUACAAGGCCUUCGAGGAAGUUAUGCUACCUCAGGUCAAGGAGGAUUACCCGGGAUUGAAGCUGUCGCAGUACAAGCAAAAACUUAGCGAGAUGUGGCGCCGUUCUCCAGACAACCCGCUGAACCAGGAGAGUUUGGCCUACAAUGCAAAGAAGCAGUAGAGAUUAAAAUCUCCUUUCCGGCAGAUUUGCCAGUGUUCAAAUCACUGUAGACUUGGCCAUUAUUGUUCAUUCAGGGCAGAUUAAGUACUCACUUUUGGUGCGUCCAGCGUCGCCAAGGCGAACGGUGCGCCACCUACCCUACCUGGCUGGAAUGUAAUCCCGUUUGUAUUGAGUGCCUUCUAAAACCUACAUAAAACGGUUUAAUGACUACGGUUUGGGUCAUUAAACGGGUCAUAAAACUUCGUGAUAAAACGAUUGGUGAGAUCAGGAAAUGGGAACCUUCAAAAACCCAUAUAAAACGAUUUUAUCAGUUUAAUCGGUAAUUUAUUCUAAUU